CUCUUUUUUUAAGGCCUCCCUGGUCCCUCCCUCAGGCUGCAUGCUGCAGGCAUAAACUUCCUCCGCACUUCCACUGCCCACGAGUCUCCCUCUCAGGUCCCAGAAGGGUGUUUAUCUCUGGGCUGACUACUCGUCUGAACACCCCUCUCUCUCUCUCUCUCUCCCCCAAGGAUCCAGAAUCAUUGCCUCUCCCUCUCCCUUUCUCUUUCUCCGUCAUUCCCUCCUUCCCUCAAACCCGUCUGAGCGUCCGGGAGAGCUCUGCUGACAUCAUGGGUGUCCUGAGAGCGCUGGCAUUCCUGCUGAUUGUUUAUCACCUGUGUGAAGGUAGGAGGACCAGAGGAAACAGGGCAGACACACUAGAAGGAAAAAGAUCAGCUAGAAUGAAGACUCCAUAUAUUCCAAAAUCCAGUUUCCUGCUUUAUUCAGAAGGAGACAAUACAGAUGAUGCCUGCGUUAUCCAGCCCUUCCAGCCACAGACUCUGGACUCCUGCAGUUUCAAUGCCAGUCUCCCCUUAAUCAUCAUAACUCAUGGCUGGUCGAUAAAUGGGAUGAUGGAGAGCUGGGUAACCAAGCUGGCAGGCGUUCUCAAGUCCACCCUGAAGGAUGUCAACGUGAUGAUCAAUGACUGGAUCCCACUGGCCCACCAGCACUACCCAAUUGCGGCCCAGAACACCCGGGUGGUGGGGCGGGACAUCGCCCAUCUGUUGCAGUGGCUGGAGGAGCAUUCCCAGUUCCCCGCAGAAAAGGUUCACCUGAUUGGCUACAGUCUGGGUGCGCAUGUCUCCGGAUUUGCUGGCAGCUACCUUGCCGGAACAAGUAAAAUUGGACGGAUUACAGGACUGGACCCCGCUGGACCACUGUUCGAGGGGAUGUCCUACACGGACAGGCUGUCUCCGGACGAUGCCAGGUUUGUGGAUGCCAUCCACACCUUCACCCAGGAGCACAUGGGGAUGAGCGUGGGAAUCAAACAGCCAGUGGCCCAUUUUGACUUCUACCCCAACGGAGGGACCUUCCAGCCCGGGUGCCACUUCAAGAACAUCUAUGACCACUUGUCCCAGUACGGGCUGCUGGGUUUCCAGCAGACGGUGAAGUGUGCCCACGAGAGGUCGGUGCACCUGUUCAUCGACUCUCUGCUGCAUGGGGACAAGCAGAGCACCGCCUACUGGUGCAACGACGACAGCUCCUUCGACAAGGGCAUCUGCCUGGACUGCCGCAAGAACCGCUGCAACACGCUGGGCUACAACGUCAAGCAGGUGCGGACAGGAAGCAGCCGGAAGCUCUUCCUGAAGACCCGUUCCCGCAUGCCCUACAAAGUCUAUCAUUACCAAUUCAAGAUCCAGUUCAUCAACCAGAUAGAGCAGAUUGAACCCUCUCUGACCAUCUCUCUAACUGGCACCAAGGCAGAGAGCGAGAACCUACCGAUCAACUUUGUGGAAGAGAUCUCAGGUAACAAGACCUACACAUUCCUGAUCACACUGGAUACAGAUAUCGGGGAGCUGAUGAUGCUUAAGUUUCGCUGGGAAGGCAGUGCCGUGUGGGCCAGCAUGUGGAACAAGAUGCAGACCAUCAUUCCUUGGAGCAAAAGGGAGAAGGGCCCCGAGCUCACAGUAGGCAAGAUCCGCGUGAAGUCGGGCGAGACGCAGGAGAAGACUGCAUUCUGUGCUCAAACGGACGAUGUGGCGCACAUUCAGCAGUCCCAGGAGAAAGUGUUUGUACGCUGCGAAGACGGUCUUCAAAGAAAACAGCGGAAGAGAAUAUACAGCUGAUUCCGGUCGACACUUUCAGCACCAAGGGACGCAAGCAGUCGACUUACGUGCGAAGUCCACUCACGAUGACAUGAAAAACACUUACGCUGAAAGUACAAAAAACAAACAAACAAACAAACAAAAAAAAUGCUCAACAAUAUUACGUUCGGAAGUAUUCUUCAAAGGUCAUAUGCUCUAAACACUGUUUAAGUUUUAACUUUUUUCAUUGUCUUUAUAUUCAUUGUAUUGUUUUGAAACCAGAAGUUACACGUUUCAGAAAAAUGAAUCCACCAUACACCAUUUAAGUAUACUGAAGUUUUGAAUUGAAAUGGGGAAGCCAGCUUUUCAGAGGUUUUAAAGUUGUGUUCAGACAGGUGUCAAUUGUCAUGUGCAAGUAAUUCACUCGUGGGUUGUGUGGGCACUGUGAAACCUUCCACAUUAAACAAGACAACGCAAACGCCUAUUUAACCGCACAACAAUAACAGUUAUGUCUGAUACUUUUAAGUUUGGUUUCGCCUUCUGGACCAUAAUCUAUUUGCCCAGUGUGUUUGUCAGUUUCCUAAAGUGAAAUACAUUCGAAAUUUCAUGGUUUGGCUAGAGACAGACACAAUAACCAUGUCACAACCCAAAAAUAAAAAGAAUAAAGGAAAAUUAAAAACAAAUAUCCUGUCAACAUCUCUUAGCCACAGUUGCUGCAUUGCCAUCAGUUUACACAGGUCAGCGCGUUUCAUUUGCACGCACUG